AUGCUUGUUGCCGGAAUUAUUGCACUUUUACUGUCUGAUGCCCAUCACGGCGCCUCGCCAAAUUGGCGAUGCCAUCUCGAGGGAGUUCACAAUCUUGUUACGCUUCGUGGUGGCAUCCGCUCACUUUCCGACACGAAAAGUCUAGAUCAACUGCUCCUUUUCUUCAUGUUCGCGGCAAUUAUCGGAAAUACGACAUCCCCUGCGCCAGACCUGCCAAUGACCGAAUUGCACCUCGACGACCUCGAUAUUAUUGUCAACAGAUAUGGCGGCAAGUUAUUCUCUUUCCAGAUGUGCCCUCCACCUCUAUUCACCGAGAUCAUCAGAAUCAAUUAUCUUCGGAUGCGAGCUGUGGAAGGUGAACACAUCGAAGCCGAGUGCCACUCGCAAGAGGCAUGCGGUAUUCUGGACCGUAUUCAUACCUUUUCACCAGAUGAAUGGUCUGGGUCCAAGCCUUUCUCCAAAGAAGGGUGGUUGCUGGUUGGGAAAAUAUACCAGGCAGCCGUAUCACUAUACUGCACGUUAUCGCUGCAAAGCGUUUUGGUUCUGCCCAAAUCCUCCGAACUAAGAGAUCAGUGUGCCGAGAAAGGCCGCCUGCUGCAGGUGCUGCUCAAUGAGGCGCUGUCGUCUCCCAAGACUAAACACUCCAUGAUCUGGCCCUUGGUCUUGCUCGGCGUGCAGGCUGCGAACGACGACACAGCGAUGCGUACUUUCGUGUCGGGGAAGCUGUCCGAGCUAGGCUACCAUAUUGGCUCAAAUGUCCCGAUGACGGCAAAAGCCGCCCUCGAGAGAUUCUGGGCUUCGGGCGACACGCGCUGGGAUGCUUGCUUCGAUCGCCCGUACGCGUUUGUAACACAAAUUGCUGUGGACAUGACCCAGCUGGUAGAAGCGCAUUGA